GGCGGUUCGAAGACUGUUGGUGCCCAGGCGCAUUAUGCGGGGGUGCGAGGCAGGAGGCGGUGAGCAGCUCUCCCUCCGCCUACUUACUCUCCAUUUGCCACCCUUCUCUCCUUAGCUCCGCCCCCUCAGCUGCUCCUCCCUCCCCUUCCUCCGGCCUGUCCCCCUCAGUCCCUUGGCUGCUGCUCUUAGAUGGCCCCUCUCCCUUAACCCCCAGUUUCAGCCAACCCCAGCAACUCCUCAAUUCCCUCACCUAAAUCUCCAUCUUAAUUCCUCUCCAAGCCCCUCCCCUCAAAUCCUCCUGAUCCCCGCCCCUCAGCCCCCAGUUUCUACAGCUCCCAUCCCCAUAGUCCUGCCCCCACGCCCUCCCAAAGCUUUCUCUUAUAUCUUAAAUCUCCCGCUGGACUCCUCCCCCUCCCCAUCUCUUACCCCUUAGCCCCGCCCCUGGGCGUCUUCAUGUCCUCCCAGCCCCUCCUUCCCAACCCCGCUCCUACCCCUUAGCUCGCAUGCCUCGGCUCGGCCAGCCCCGGGAGGCGUCUGGAAGGGAUGCUCUGAGCUAGCCUCCCCCUGGAAGAGUCGGGGGAGGGCCGAAAGGAGGGAGAGGGAAGGAGGGCGUAGAAGGGGAAAGGGGAAACAGGAGGGAGGAGCGUGAGGGAGGGGUCCCAGCCCUCCGUCCCGCCCAGGCCAGCUUCCCCAAUCCCCGCCGCUGACCCUGUCGCCCCAGCAACCAGGACCACAACAGAGCCGGGCCAGGCCCAUGUCUAGACCUGUAGGGUCCCCAGCGCCCCUCUCCCCGCAACUUCCCAACCUGGAUCCUCCACUGCCCCUCAAGAGCCCCCCAAGUAGACUUCUCCCCCUAGCCACCAUGCUGCUGGCCGGCAGCGUGCGCUCGGAGGACAGCGAAGCCUACAUGGAUAGUUCAGAGGCGGAGCUGAGCCGCCUGCAGAGACAAUGCCGGGUGAUGGAGGGGGAGCGGCAGGCUUACAGCCGGGAGACCCAGCAGCUGAUCCACAAGCAGAUGGUGGAGAUCCAACGGCUGCAGCAGGAGCAGACCGAGCUUCAAGUGAAGGCGAAGAUCUCGCAGAGCCAAGCCAGGAGGCUCCUGGACCAGGCGCGGGAGAAGGACCUUCGAAACCUCCUGGAGCGCAGGCAGCAGCUGGACAAGGAGGUGGUCCAGGAGCAGGAGCGCCUGAAGAAGCUGGACCAACAGAUUGCCAAGUGGGAGAAUCGAGUGUUGCUGCAACUGAAGGACCUCAGGGGCCCAGGCUUAGUCCUGCACAGGAAGGCUGGGGACCUCCGAAGAGUGAGGAUCUUGGAGAACCAACUAGACCGGGCCAACACACAGUUUGACACCCACCUGGUGAGGAAUAGGGUCCUUCGGGAAGAGCUGGGCUUGCUGCACAACCAGAGGAAUCGUUUUCUGCAUAUCAACCACCAGCUGAAGAAGGAGCUGCAGGACAUCCGCUCCAACAUUCGAUCCCACAUAGACGAUUCCAACUCAGCCUUUGAUGCCAGGGAGGAAGCCAAGCUGAAGCUGACCCAGCUGCAGGAGAAGCUGGACAAGGACAUAAGUCAGUACAAUGCUGAGCUGCAGGUGGUCCAGAGGCAGAUCUGCCACCUUGAGCAGCUGCACAACUUCCUGAUUACCAAGAACCAGGAGCGAUUGGUGGAUGCUGAGGUGUUGGAGGCCCGGCGCAAGCGGGAGCGCGAGGUGGCCGAGGGCCUCCGAAAAACCUCCCACGAGAAAGCCAUUCUGCAGUACGAGGAGGUGCUGGAGAAGCUGGGCGAGAUCACUGGCCAGAGCAACGCCGAGGACAUUUUAAAGACAUACUUGGAAAAUGAGGAAAGAAACUUUGCCGAGUUCACCUUUAUCAAUGAGCAGAACUCAGAGAUGGAGAAGCUCAAAGAGGAGAUUCAGGAGAUCCAGGAUGCCCUGGCUCAGUUGACUUUGGCUCAAGAAGAGGCUGACAAGGGGCCCAAGCGGCAGCAGCUUGACGCCUUGGAGCAGCGAAAGGUGGACUUGGCUAAGGAGGCUGAGGUGGUGGUGGCCAAGCACGAGAAUCUGAACAAGAUCCUAGACCAGCUUAAGGCUGCCAUCCAGUCUUUGUUCUACAAGGCCAAGUGUGAUGACACCAGGCUCAAAGAGCUCCUGGGAAGCAGCCACAUGGGGAACAAGAUCGUGGAGCUGCUUCUCAGCCUCAUUGAGCAGCGAGUGAUUGACCUGCUGGCCGCCCAGGCCUUCACCAGCUUCUCGGAAUCCACUGACUAUAACCCCCAGUCCACCGCCCUCAGGCUCCUGGGCCAGAGUGAGGAUGCCAUUCCCAAGAAACAUGUUCCACCGCAGGCCCCCAGCAAUAUGGAUGAUCCCGUGGGGCUGGAGCAGAUGGACGAACGGCCCCUGACUCGGGAGGAGAUUUUAGCCCAAGUCCUCAAGGCGAUACAGGAACGGGAACAGGGCAAAGAGCAGAUGCCCACACCCACGACAGUGAGCAAGAGGGCAUCAGAAAAGCCUUCUGCAUAGGCCAAGGUGUAACCUCCAAGUGUUUGGCCCCACUCUAUUUGGAGAUCCUGUCCUCUCUGUUGCCCAGCCCUCCCCACCCCCCACCAUGUCCAGGGCUUCUAGCUUCGUGUCUGUCUCUCUUCAGCCCUGGGAGUCCUUGGCUGCCCCUAUAUGGGGGCAUCACAGUCUCUCCGUUGUGCCUCUCCCUUUCCCAAGUCUUUGCUUCCUUACAUCCUUUCCUAAGUUCAGAGUGUAGUCAAGGCCUGGGUGGAGAUGGGGGGGCCGGGGUCCAGUGAUGCUGUGACCUCAGGGAAUAAAAGGUGCUUGCCCCA